ACCAGCCCACUGCAAGACAAGUCUUGAUCCAGGCUUCAACUCUCACAUCAGCUGCUGGCCGCCCCGGUUGUCAGUUGUGCGCAGGACACGGGGGAGAGAGAGAGAAGCAGAGGAGGAUUUGUCAUUUCCAGACACAGCUACGAACAUAAAAGUUCCCUCUGGUGGCCUUGGAGGAUAUAGCAAAGCUGUGAUUUGAACACCAAGUGAAUAUUUCAGCACAAAUGAGCCUGCAACACCUUAAGGAUAUAUUAUGUUAAAUCCUCCUGAGAGUUGUUUUAUGUGCUUUGGUGGAAUAUGGCAGUAAUUACAUGCUUAACAGAGAUCCUUAAGGAAAGUUUUUAUGGACAGCAAUAAGAAUGGAAGCUUCAUACGCUGCUAGUGCUGCUGUUGCUCCAACUCUCCCACCGAUGACUCCGUCUCCAGGUUACCUGCUCAGAAUGUUCCGGGAGUACCAGAGCAAUGACGUCAUCAUGGACCAUUACAACUUCACCGGAAAGCUGAAAGAGAACAAAUACCGGGAUGGAAUGAAACCUGAGGCCAUUGUGUUUCUCAUCAUUUGUCUUCUCAUUGUGGUGGAAAAUGCCAUCGUUCUGGUGGCAAUAUGGAAGAACAAAAAAUUCCACAUGCCCAUGUACUACUUGCUGGGCAACUUGACGCUCUCUGACUUGCUAGCAGGCUUCACUUACAUGGUGAACAUCAUAACUUCGGGGGCAAACACUCUCACAAUGACUCCAGUACUGUGGUUUCUUAGAGAAGGCGGCGUGUUUAUCACUCUUUCUGCGUCCGUCAUCAGUCUCCUCGCUAUAGCUAUCGAGCGGCAUGUCACGAUGGUCCGGAUGAAGCCGUAUCAAGGGGCCAAGCGUGGCCGAAUGUUCGGUUUGAUCUGUGCAAGUUGGGUCUUGUCGGUGCUCCUCGGCAUUCUCCCCAUCAUGGGUUGGAAUUGCAUAGGAAAUCUGGAAGAAUGCUCCACCGUCCUGCCUCUUUACGCCAAGAGCUUCAUCCUCUUCUGCAUUACUGUGUUUACCCUGGUGCUGCUGGCCAUCGUGGUGCUCUACGUGCGCAUCUUCCGCAUAGUGAAGUCUAACACCCAACGGUUAGGCUGCGGUCCUCCACGUAAAGGUCUGGCGAAGAAGUCCCAGAAGUAUCUGGCUCUGCUGAAGACGGUCACCAUCGUUCUUGGGGUCUUCAUCGCCUGUUGGCUGCCGCUCUUUGUGCUCCUUCUGCUGGACUUCUGCUGCCCUGCUAAAGGAUGCGACGUGCUGUUCAAGGCGGACUACUUUCUGGGCAUUGCCAUGAUCAACUCACUUCUAAACCCCAUCAUUUACACCCUAACUAGUAAAGACAUGCGGAAAGCCAUUCUGAGACUAGUCUGCAGCUACUGUCUGCUAACAAAAGACGGGCAAGUGAAGAAGUUCGGCAUGCCUUUCCUGGACUGUAGCACCAGUAAGGCAGAGGUGCCGUCACACAGACUGGAGGGCCUGGAGACGACGGUCUCCUCUGGGAACUUCACACCAUCCACUAUAAAAGCUAUCUACCCCAGGAUAUUAAAGAGCUGAGGAAGAAGAACGCAGUAAGUUCCAAUGGACUCAGAACAAUUUCUCCUGGUUCAGUUUGAAAUGCACAAGUCUGAGGUGCUCAGAAAUGAAAGCAGGAUUAGUUGGAGAGAUGGGACUCAGAAAUGACUUGGUUUCCUCCACAUGCAUUAAAGCAAACCUUGAGGCUACCUGAGAUCAUGGUAGACCAGACAAGUGGAAUUUUCUUACUGUGAUGAACACCAGUGUUUAAAAUGGAUCAAGCCAAGAGCUACAGGCUCUUUUUAAAAAUAAGAUUUUAAACUGCAAAUAACAAACGGUUAUACAGCUGAACUGAACAAAGGCAAUGAACUGUGCAAAAAUGCUUUGAAAAGAACUCUUGUGAUGUUAUACGAGUCUUGCGUGUGCAUUUCCAGACAUAAUGAGCUUGUGUAACAAGUCAUUUUCACCUCCAAAUAGCAGUUGAAAUAGCAGACUUUGUGGUGAAAAGACGCAAAGAAAAUGACGGGUUGAUGUCUCCACACACAAGCAUGUUAGUCCUCGGGAACUUUAUACAUAUGCAGACAAAUAAAAGCUACAAGGCAAGUGACUAUUUUUAAUUUGUAAGAUGUUUCCUGUUACAAUGGUAUUUUUGGGAAAUGGUUCUAUAUAAAACCUUAAAGGGUUCUUUCAGGCGCUUCAUAUUUAGGGGUUCUUAUCAUGGGACCAUUUUAAUUACUUUUGUAAUUAAAUUAAUUUUAAAUUUCAAUUAAAUUUUAUAAAUUAAACAGCUCAAACAUACUUUAUUAGUAGGAAAAGUGAAAUAACCCUUUAAACAUGAAUGUUUAAUGCAAUCAUUUUAGAACAGUUGUGGCAUAAAUGGUUCUUUAAAAUUAAGUCAAGUUCCCCAUUGUUCUAUAUUAAACCCCAAUGAACCCUUUUCUUUUUUCUUUUUUUUCCAAAGUACUGUUUUCCUGUUAAAGCAAGUGUGCUAUACUUAUUUUAUCCUAUAUAGUAAAUCUGGUUUCAGCUGACAUUAUGUGGAACAAGCUAUAUAAAUAUUGAAUGUUUUGUAAAUAUUAUAUCAAAGUUUUGUAUGUUAUUGUAUGGAAUGCUGUCAUUUAUGUGUAGCACUGACAUUCAAGCAAUAUUGCAUUUCUGUAAAAACAUGUCUGUGUAUUGAAAACAAUGCAUUAGUAUGUUUAAAAGUAUUUUUUCUUGAUCCUAAAUUAUGAGCCUUAAAAAUCUUUUAUAAGUGCAUUAAUUAAAAACUAAGUUUUUUCUUGAA